GUGUCAUGGCGGAGGCCGCCUCCGCUGACCCGGAGCCGGAGACUCUGCGACUGAAAUGUCUCCGCGGCGGCUUCUUCACGGUGCCACCGGAGCACAGGCUGGGAAGAUGCCGGAGCGUGAAGGAGUUUGAGAAGCUCAAUCGGAUUGGGGAAGGGACCUAUGGCAUUGUGUCCCGUGCUCGGGACACCCUGCCGGAUGAGAUUGUGGCUGUCUCCCCCCCCCGGUUCCCUGCAGGGAUCCCCAUCAGCAGCCUGCGGGAGAUCACCCUGCUGCUGAAGCUGCAGCACCCCAACAUCGUGGAGCUGAAGGAGGUGGUCGUGGGGAACCACCUGGAGAGCAUCUUCCUGGUGAUGGGCUACUGUGAACAGGACCUGGCCAGUCUCCUGGAGAACAUGCAGGUUCCGUUCUCGGAAGCCCAGGUGAAGUGCAUCAUCCUUCAGGUCCUCAAGGGCCUCCAGUACCUGCACGACAACUUCAUCAUCCACAGGGACCUGAAAGUGUCCAACUUGCUCAUGACGGACAAAGGAUGUGUGAAGACAGCGGAUUUUGGCCUGGCUCGCGCGUACAGGGUUCCCCUGAGGCCCAUGACUCCCAAGGUUGUCACACUCUGGUACCGAGCCCCUGAACUGUUACUGGGCACCACCACACAGACCACAGCCAUCGAUAUGUGGGCCGUGGGCUGCAUCGUGGCAGAGCUCCUGGCCCACAAGCCCCUGCUGCCUGGGAGUUCCGAGAUCCAGCAGAUAGACAUGAUUGUGCAGCUCCUGGGCACGCCGAAUGAGACCAUCUGGCCAGGCUUCUCCAAGCUGCCGCUGGUGAGCCAGUACACCCUGCGCAAGCAGCCCUACAACAACCUGAAGCACAAGUUCCCGUGGCUGUCCGAAGCCGGGCUCCGCCUCCUCAAUUUCCUCUUCAUGUACGACCCUAAGAAAAGAGCCACAGCCGGCGACUGUCUGGAGAGCUCCUACUUCAAAGAGAAGCCUCUGCCCUGUGAGCCGGAGCUCAUGCCAACUUUCCCGCACCAUCGCAACAAGCGGGCUGCCCCGAGUGUGGCCACGGAGUGCCCAGGCAAACGCAGCCGGCCCUGAGCCUGUUCGAUGGCACGUGAGACGGAGAGGAGUGGCGCGGCUUGCCUGUGCGGGGCAAAGAGCCGGAGCUUUUCAUGGGUGGAAGAGGAACCUGGAGAGGAAGAGAACCCUUCCCUUCUCUCUCACGGGCUCCUCAAAUGUCUCAGGGUUUCUAGGAACAGACAGGAGGAUGAUCUCACUGGAUGCCAGCCAGUAUUCUCUUGCUGGGUGCCUCUGGACACCGACCAGCAGGGCGUGAUGGCACCGGCCUGCCCCUCGCUGCUCACCCCAGCACUGAUGGAUCCAACCUCUACACACAUAAUCACGCUUCACCAUGAGCCAUUCCAGCUGGCCGCUAGCAAGUAUUAUAAGGACAGGCUAUUCUGUAUGUUACUUUGCACAGCUAGAGGCUCUCUUGGAUGCAUCCAGAGCUCUGCCUCAGAGCCCAGGCCAGCCGGGGGCCAUGCACCAUGCAGAGCAGUAUCGGGCAGCCAGGUGAGACGAUGCAGACAGCCACUGAUCAACCCAUCCCCCACAAAUAUGUCUAACCCUAUUAAAGCCUAUCACCAGACCUGCUGGCAAUAGAUACCAGAAUUUGAUUUGUAUGAAACCACCUCCUUGUGUCUGUGCUCAGUGUACUGUCCUUCAGCUUUGUGGGUGACCCCACAUCCAAGUAUUACGGGAGAAGAAAAGUUCCUUUUUGUUGACUCUUCCACAACCUUCAAACAUAUAGGUUUUUAAAAAAACAAAAACCCACGUCUUCUCUUAGUAAUCGGUUCC